ACCGUUUUUGACCCCAACAAAUAUCACCCAGGAAAGGCGAAUGUGGUAGCAGAUGCACUGAGUCGGAGGAGAAGUGAUACAGCUAUUGAGAAGGACUUAGAAGCCUUAAACACAGAAUUCAAGAUGAUUAGUCUUUCAGCCAUAGAAUGCGAGGGCGGCGAGCCAUUGGGAUUGCGAGCAGUAAAUCAAGCAAACCUCCUGCAAAGAAUUCGAGAAGAGCAGAAGGAAGAUGUGAAGCUAAAGAAGAUUAUAAAAGAACUUGAAGAAUGAGGCGGAAGAAAUGAUAGUGGUUAUCAUUUGGCUGAUGACAGAACCCUCCUACUGAACGGAAGGAUAACCGUACCUGUAGGAAAGGAGUUACGAGAAGAGAUCUUGAGAAUCGCACACCACCCAAUAUUAAGUAUUCAUCCUGGAAGCACCAAGAUGUAUCAGGAUAUACGUCGAUACUAUCACUGGCCAGGAAUCAAACGAUCAGUUGCUAAGUGGGUAGCCCAGUGCCAGACCUGCCAACAAAUUAAGGCUGACCAUCAAGUGCCGGGAGGAUUAUUGCAAAGCCUACCAAUCCCAGAAUGGAAGUGGGAGUCAGUGGCUAUGGAUUUUGUAACGGGACUACCUCGAGCACCAGGAAGAGGGAAUGAUACUAUAUGGGUGGUGGUUGACCGACUAACUAAGACUGCUCAUUUUCUACCCAUUAGAAUUGUUGACAAGGUAGAAGUACUAGCAGAAGUUUACUUAAAAAAGAUAGUACGAUUACACGGAGUUCCUGCCAACAUAGUAUCUGAUCGUGAUCCAAGAUUUACGGCUCAAUUCUGGAGAGCUUUCCAGCAAGUAUUGGGGACUGAUCUUCAUAUGAGUACGGCGUUUCACCCUGAAACUGACGGGCAGACGGAACGAACAAUCAGAACUUUGGAAGAUUUGCUAAGGAUGUGUGUAUUAGACUGGUCAGGUACAUGGGAACAAUACCUACCUUUGGUAGAGUUCUCUUAUAACAACAGUUACCAUGCAAGUAUUGGAAUGUCCCCAUAUGAGGCAUUAUAUGGACGACCUAGCCGCACACCACUGUGUUGGGCUGAAGUUGGAGAAAGACAUAUGUUAUGACCAAAUGUAGUAGAUGAAACAACAGAAAAGAUAAAAAAUGUCCGGGAGAAUAUGAAGAAAUCUCAAGACAGGCAAAAGAAGUAUGCCGAUCAGAAUAGACGUGAAGUAAUAUUUCAAGUUGGUGAUUGGGUAUAUUUGAAGGUGGCCGCACAAAAAGGGAGAGAUAGAUUCAGAAAAGUGGGAAAGUUAGCCACUCGAUAUAUAGGACCAUAUCGAUUAAUGCAACAGGUAGGAGAAGUAGCUUAUCAAUUAGAGUUACCAUCAGAUAUGGCACUUCACCCAGUUUUCCAUGUCUCAAUGUUAAGAAGGCAUAUACGAGAUCCUACCGAAGUAGAGCCGCAACAAGUUGAAAACCUUCGUUCCAACCUCACUUACCCUGAAGGACCACUCCGAAUCGGAGAAAGACGAAUAAGAAAACUGAAGAAUCGAGAGAUUCCUCAAGUGCAAGUAUUUUGGGAAAAACAGCGUCGAGUAAUUGUGACAUGGGAAGAUGAAGAGAGGUUUAGAGCAACUCAUCCUGAACUGUCUUUGGAAGAUGAUGAAGAUCAGAUGGGUGGAGCAUCAAACCACUAAGAAUUCGGGACGAAUUCUAUUUAGAGGGGGAGAAUGUAAUAUAACCCUCUUUAAAGAGUAAAACGAAGACAAAGAAAAAAUCUUGUAACAGCCGAGAAAAUUACUCAAGUAAGUGGAAGUCAGAUUGAUCUUUUCCCGUGGAUGUUUGUGGAUCCCAAGGUAUAUAAGAAAAAUUUAGAAAGUCUUAGAAUAGUUUUUCAUCUGAAGAAAUAAAUUCUUCAGGAAGUUUAGUGGAUUGAAAAUGCUCGCGGUUCGGCCUAGAACAUCCUAGUCGGACGAGAAAAUUAAUCGAAAAUUUAUUAUAGGGCCUUAAGAUAGGAAUGACCUUAGAAUUAUUUUAGAACAAUUUAGGUGUGGGGAAAGCAAGGUUUUGGCCAAUGAGAAACAUCUUCAUCAAUCCAGAUGAGAUAACUAGGCGUUCAUAAUUAACUAUGGCUCGUUUGGGUCCGUUUACGGUGUUUCGGGUGCGUCCGGGAGCUGCUGGAGGAUGCAGCAGCCUGAUUUACUCCUUCCAGAAGCUGGUAAUAUGUCUCUUAUUGAUUGGACGUUGUCCAAGCAGCUCAUGUUUCUUUUCUAUUGGCUGAUUUGGUGGCUGGCUACAAAUCUGAUUUUUAUUGGACAGAAUUGUGGCUACACACUAACCUGUCUCCAAUUGGUUGCAUGGGGGCAGCCAGGAAAGCUCCUGAUUCCCUACCCACUACCUUAAGCUCCCCUUAGUCAUUCCCAUCACCUAUAAAUACCCCACACCCCUUAGUUUAGUUUCCACACUAAAAACUUGACAAUAGGAAACCCGAGAGAACCCGAGAGCACACAAACCUUAAGGUAAACCUUCUAGUCUUUAGCUUUUCUUCUAAAUUUAGUUUUAUAUUCCUUAUUUAGAUUCAGGUUUAUAUCCUGGUUCCGACUAACGGGACAUUGGGAAUCCUUUUAUUCUAGGAUUAAAUUGAUAGAAGCUCUAAGUUGUGCCGGCCGCGAGAUAGAAGCGUUUCCAGUCCAAAACUUUCAUCUAAGUGUUGAGGUGAGUCUCGGUUAUGGGUUAUGAUUGUUGUGUGUGCGCCUAGCGCCUGCAAAGCAAGAGUAUUGGUUGAUGCAUUGCUAGGUUGCACGUUUAGAUAUAUAAUGAUAUGAUAAUGAUUGAUGUUUGUGAAAGAUAUUGAGUUAUAUCGUCGGGCUGCGGCUCGAGGGGUAUAACAUGAUUGUGAUACAUUGAUGUUGUGUUGCAUAUACUUAUGUCAUUGCAUUAUAUUGUUUGGGCCUCGGCUCAGAUAAUAUAACAUGUAUGAUCAUAUCUUAACGGGGAAACCCGUAAAUCCACAGACUUGAUCCGUGAGUGUCCGACACUCGGGUGGACUGUCGUGAGAGUCAUUGGUGUCCACUCGAGGCCCGUGCCUUGUCCGGGGCCUUACCAAAAUUAGUUCCGGGCAGGACGCGAAGACACGUGUGAUAGGGUUAGCUACCCUCGACCGUGUAGCUGCAUGACGAUGCGGCAAGUGUGUUAUCCGGUCCAUCGACUUUUUAGACUUUGUGUUUAGAGUCAAUUGGCGCAAGAAGGGAUGUGUUAUGGACUUCGUAUCGAGAUAGGAACCAAUGGCGAGAGGCAGUCCUCGAUGAUCGAUAAUGAUCUAACCACUCGUGAAGAGUGGAUGCUUGUUUACAUGAUUGCUUUAUUUUUGCAUUGCAUAUUUUUUUAAUAUAAUUGAUCCUUGUUGCUUAAUGUUUGAUGCAUAAUGGGGGGAUAAAUAAUUGUUAGGAAACCUGACUCACUAAGCAAAAUAGUUGCUCAUUAGACUCUUUGUUUUGCAGGUAACCCGUAGUAGUAGGUUCCUUUUGGGAUCGGAGGAGCACAAAGUUGUUGGUGUAGAUUUGCUACCUUUUGCAAACAUGUACGUUUUGUAAUAUGUAAGAUAUGGUUUUGAACAUCAGCCGAGCAUGUAUAAUUUUUUGAUGUGGUUAAACUUAAAGUAUAUAUGAAUAAAAAAAAAGGGGUUUGUGAAAUGCUUGGAUUCCAUAUGAUACUAGUCCUAGUCUGAGACGAACUAACUAACGGUUUCAAACUCGGGUUGCAAAGCCUUAACUUGGAAUCGCUAGGAAACCCGUUGUUGGACAUAUGAUCUUAGGAUUUCAGAUCUGAUCUGGGAACCUCAGAUCAAAUGUUCGGGCACGUGGUAGUAGUAUCUUCGGUCUGGUUAGAGUUAUUUAGUUCGUCGUGCAUGUUCUUAUUUGAUUGGUGCAUGGCAAACUAAUUACCUUUUAUUUAGUCCGGAUCGGGGGUGUUACAUGCGACCUCUCCGGAUCUCUCUCAACGACAUGUGUGUGGUUAGGUCUCUCUAAGGUUUCACGUGUGUACCUCUAUAUCAAUAUCUUCUCUUCUUAUAGGUGCAACCUCUCCGGAUAUCUCUCAACGAUCUCUAGAUCUGCGGGGUCGCAUCCUCGUUCCUACUGAUUCCGUCUCCCCUUUUUUUAUGGGUUUACUUUGACUGGGCCCUCUAGACCUGUGACUUUUUAACCGAAGCCGAAUACCGAACCAGAUCAGACCUGAAAUGAACCGGUUCGGAUCAGUCUCGGAUAGAGCAUAUUUAACCGAUGGGUAAAGUUCAUGAAUAUCUGUGGUUAGAAAGGUAAAGGGACAACUAUUUUUACCACUAGACCACUUUAAUUUCUUUGUAAUAACGUUCGGACUAUAAAUAUAUAUUCGAUUUGUGUUCAUUUUUUAUUUAAAAAAAAAUAAAUAGAAAUUUAAAAAUUUAAAAAAUAUAUAUAUAAUUUCGGGUUAAUAUUUGUAUACCCGAACCGGUCAGAACCAAUCUGAACCGUAAAUCAACCAAGUAUUCAUCGAAUACAUUUUCUAAAUAACCGAUUUAUCUGGAACCGAACGGUUCUUACCCAUAACCGACCGAAUACCCGAUAUCCCAGCCCUACAGCUCACUCUUUAAGAUCGGAGUGAUGGACCUCACUUUUUAUGCGAGCCCGGUUGAAGUUGAAUGCUAAUGGGCUUGGGCUUUCGGCCUAUUUUAUCUUUUUUUUGUCAACAUUCUCUUUUAUUAGAGAAGCCCAAAAGGCAUAUUACAUGAGAAGUUCAUAAAGCUCAAUUAUAAAAGUACAUACUCAAAGCAUUAAAACACAAAACAGUCCGGCCCAUUUUUAGCCCAUCAGAUCCUCUUGAGUCGUUCUGUCUCACUCAAAUCCACGCGUCUUCUACGAAGAAAAGUCCUGCCACGCGUCUUCAUCUCGAUAUGCAUGAAACAACACCUCGAUCUGAGAUGACACGUAUCAAAGACGUGCCGCCGCUGGAGUGAGAGGCUUUCUGAAACAGCUCCGCCGGCAAAGCGUCGCGGCCGAGCACAGUUAUGAACUCCUUCAUCUCCAUCCUUCACCUAACCGCCGCUUAAGCAGGAACCUCCAUCAAUCAUCGGAAAAUAUAUCUGGGAGAGACUCAAAUGACCUAAAUAGGAUCUUUACCGGACCAUCUUAAAGAUGCCGAUUCAUCUAAAUCCUCACUAGUAUCAUCCAAGGUGAAUCCAACAUCACUGCUUCCUUUCUAUCAAGGAGACUCCGCUUUAGAGCCAACUUUAAGGCUUCAAUCUAAUUAAGCAGAGAUUGAUUCCUUUAAAAAAAGAGCAAGUGCAAACCGAGAGGAAAGAGAAGACCCUUCUUAAGCAAAACGAGAUCAUAAUUAGCUGCGAAGAAAGGAUUCUAUAUAUUACAACUCAAUAUUCAUCGGAGAACAAAAAAUCAGCCAUGAAGCUUUACUCCGGUCUGAUUGAAACAUCACGACAAAAGAUCGCCAUCGCGAAGGGAAGGGUUUGCCACCGCGAAGAGAAGGAUUCGCCAAGCGAAAUAUAUACAUCAAAAACAAAAGAGAAAAAGUGGUAACAGGCGGCAAAGGUCACCGGCCACCAAACGGUGAUUAUUAUAGAAAAACUUUUCUAGUGAGAAGAUGGAGAAUUGAAAGAGAGAGUGUAAGUGAUUGUCACUGGCUUUUCGGCCAAUUUUAUCUUUAGCUACUUUCCAACACCCACCACCUAACUAUUUAUAUUUGUUUUAUCGAAUAAACAUUUGUUUAAUAGGCCGAUUUGAAUUUGAGUAUUUUUCUCCAAGCGUGGUAAAAAUAAAAAGAUGCCCUCAGAUUCGUCAAAUUUGACAUUUUCAAUGAGAAAACUAUUUUCUAAUGAGCCGAUUUGAAUCUGAGUGUUCCAAACCAACCCCCAACAUAAUAAAAACCAAAUCUCCAAAUUUUGAAAUAACUUUUGGAGAUUUGCGUGAACUAGCAUAGCAGACCGAUGUAGAAAAGUCAAAUUUGCUUCUGGGGUUUUGCCUGAACUAGCAGACCUAUGCAGAAAAGUCAAAAUUUAACAUCUAGUCAAAAUCGUUGGGUGAGAAAACCAUUAUUGGGGGUAAAUUUUAUUCUUGGAGCAGUUUCCCUUCAUUCAACCUCCCAAAAAACAAAAAAAAAAAGAAGGAAUUAUUGGCAACGCACAGGGACAAGAAGAGGUCAACAAAUCUGCCUCGAAGAUUUGAGAAAAAGUCCAUAUAAUAAGGACAGCGACGAUAUACCGCUGACGAGAACGCCCGAGAUGCUGCAGCCACGGGCAUGGAAGCUGCGUUUUGUAAACUCGCCACCACCGAUGAUAUUUACGUUUUCCAGGAUCGAGUCCGAGGACGGUUCUCCAAUAGCAAUCGAGCUCCUCGAUGCCGCCACAAACGCUCGAGUCACCUCCGACUUGCGGCUCGAGAUCGUAGCGCUGAACGCUGAUAUCCCCGAGGAAAGCUUCACCACCGAGGAGUUUAACAGGAAUAUUCUCCGACCACGGGAAGGGAAACCACCAUUGCUCGCCGGAGACCUGACCGUGACGCUUAAAGACGGGGUCGGAGUAGUCAGCGGCAACGUCACUUUCACAGAUAAUUCGAGCUGGACGAGAUGCAGGUUAGGUGCUAAAGUUACACAACAAGGAGGAGUUGUGGAGGCCAUAAGUAGAGCGUUCGUGUGCAGAGAUCCUCCAGGAGGAGAGUCUUAUUCUGAUUCUAAGGUACACGACAUGACCAAACACGGAGUUAAAGAAUCAUCUUCACCGGGCGGCGGCAAUCAACAGCAGAAGCAGAGACGCCAGCUUCAGAUCCGUGGUCAUCGUCCUUCACCUCUCAGCAUUCACAAAGACUCCCACAUGAUCAAGAAACCUCCCACGUUAACUCAGCGACAGCCGGUGGUUGUCUCGCCCAAGGUCGUACACACCACCUUGAGUGAUUUCAGGAGCGUCGUCCACCGACUCACCGGGGUUAACAACUCUGUUUCUCAACUACAAUUUUCUGCAUCAUCCGCCUCUACUGAUUAUGAAGUCAUAGUCAUCUACAGGAGAGGUGACAUCACCAAUGAUGCUUUUGUUAAGGUCGUCCAGCGACUCACCGGGAUUCCUAACUCUGUUUCAGACUUAAACAACUCUGUCUCUGUGCCUCUUAACUCAUACGUUGUAAAAGGGUCCUCAAAGGAUCUGCAAGACACUGAACUAAGCACAUCCGCCAUUAGGGAAUAUGAUGCCGUAAUCAGAUACAUGAGAGGUUGCAUAAGCAAAGGUGAUUUCAUCAGCCAUCUUCAUGCUGCCCUCUCCCGGAGAGGGGUAUCUGUCCGAGAAGACAUCGAUGAAGUAGACACAGUUCCAGAAUGUAGGGUUUUGAUCAUAUUCUUAACCAGCACAUACGUCCCUUCCAACCUCUUAAACAUUGUUGAACAACAAAGUAAAAAGCCUCGAGUGGUUUACCCGAUUUUUUAUGGAAUUUCACCAUCUGAUUUGAUCACUAAUAGCGAGUAUUAUGAGAGUUUUUUCCUCCAAGACGAGCCAAAACGAUGGCAGGCUGCUUUGGAGAAAAUAAGUCAGAUGCAUGGCUACAUAUUGACAGAUAAGUCCGAGUCUGACUUUAUAGACGAGAUUGUCAAUGAUGCUUUGGAGGUGCUACUUUCCAACUAUAAGAAGAAUAUUAUUGGGAUGGAUACGCAGAUAAAGGAGAUCCUGUCACUGCUAUGCACUGAGUCUCAAGAUGUUCGCCGCAUAGGUAUAUGGGGUGCGGUUGGUAUAGGAAAAACAGCCAUUGCUGAAGAAAUUUUCCAUAGAAUCUCUGUCCAAUAUGAGACUUGUGUCUUCCUCAAGGAUCUCAACAAAGAAGUCGAGCUAAAAGGGUACGAUGCUGUGAGGGAGGAACUAUUGUCUACACUUUUAGAGGUAGAACCAGAUGUCAUACGUACUUCAAACAUUAAAAUGAGUUUCUUGAGGAGCAGGCUUCAGCGUAAAAGUGCCCUCGUAGUUCUCGACGAUGUGAAUGAUUUCAGGGAUGUUGAAACAGUUGUAGGGAUGCUUAUCUAUUUUGGUCCAAGAAGCAGAAUAAUCAUAACGUCUAGGAACAGACAUGUUUUUAUACUAUGCAAAACCGAUCAUGUCUAUGAGGUCAAGCCAUUAGAAUUUCCUAACUCUCUACAUCUUCUGAACCCCGGAAUAUUUCAGAGUGGUCUGUCACCCGAGCUUUACAAGACAUUGUCACUUGAGUUGGUCAAAUUCUCAAAUGGAAAUCCUCAGGUUCUUCAGUUCUUAAGCAGAUCCAGCAGAGAAUGGAAAAGUUUAUCACAAGAAAUUCAAAAAUAUUCAGCCAUUUACAUUCCAGGUAUAUUCGAAAGAAGCUGUUGUGGGCUUGAUGAAAACGAAAAGAGUAUAUUUUUAGACAUUGCAUGUUUCUUUAGAAAGAUGGAUAAAGACGACGUUGCAAUGUUGCUUGAUGGAUGUGGUUUCUCUGCACAUAUUGGGUUUAAAAACCUUGUUGACAAAUCACUGUUAACCAUAUCACACAAUACGGUGGACAUGCUCUGGUUCCUCCAGGCAACAGGCCGAGAAAUUGUUCGCCAAGAAUCUAUUGACAGGCCAGGAGACCGCAGCAGGUUGUGGAAUGCUGAAGAUAUUAGAGACGUAUUCCUAGACAACACUGGCACGUCAGGUAUUGAAGGGCUUUUCCUGGACAUGUCGCAGCUGAAAUUCGAUGCAAGUCCCAAUGUAUUCGACAAAAUGUGUAACCUUAGACUGUUAAAGUUUUAUUUCUCCGAGUUGAUAGAGAACCAUGGAGUGUCUUUACCUCAAGGUCUUGAAUACUUGCCGACCAAGCUAAGGCUUCUGCACUGGGAACACUAUCCUAUAAGUUCAUUGCCGCAAUGUUUUGAUCCAAAGAACCUCAUAGAGCUUAACAUGCCAAAUAGUUCUUUGAAGAAACUUUGGAAAGGCAAAAAGAGUCUGGAAAACCUUAAAAAGAUGAGACUGAGCUACUCCUGCCAGUUAACAAAGCUUCCAAGACUUACAAGUGCGCAAAACCUCGAGCUUCUUGAUCUUGAAGGUUGCAAGAGUUUGGUGAGCAUUAGCCACUCUAUCUGUUAUCUUAAAAAGCUUGUCUCUCUGAAUCUGAAGGACUGCUCGAAUCUGGAGAGUGUACCAUCUACAAGUGAUUUAGAGUCUCUUGAGGUCUUGAAUCUUUCUGGCUGCUCGAAGCUAGAGAAUUUUCCGGAGAUCUCACCAAAUGUGAAAGAACUGUACUUGGGUGGGACUGUGAUACAAGAAAUACCAUCACCGAUCAAGAACUUGGUACUUCUUGAAAAACUUGACCUGGAAAACAGCAGACGCCUCGUGAUUCUUCCAACGAGCAUAUGCAAGUUAAAGCAUCUCGAAACGCUGAAUCUGUCAGGCUGCUCAAGCCUUGAGCAUUUUCCAGACUUCUCUAGAAAGAUGAAAUGCUUAAAGUCUUUGGAUUUGAGCAGGACGGCCAUUAAAGAGCUACCCUCCUCCAUUUCAUAUCUGACUGCUCUUGAAGAAGUAAGAUUUGUGGGAUGCAAGAGCCUCGUAAGAUUGCCUGACAACGCCUGGAGCCUAAGAUUCAAGGUUGAAUUCCGUCAGAUUGAUACAGAGAAGUUUUCAAAACUGUGGAAUAGAUUAGGUUGGCUCAAGAAAGUUCACAUCUCUUAGUUUCUUCUUCUAUACUCCUUGUAAUUGACACAACAAAGAUUGUUGCUGUUGUCUACAAUGUGAAAUAUAUGAGAAGAACUAAGGGCUGAAUCCGCCUAAGUCUGAUUCUUUAUCUGAAUGUAGAGAGUGAUAUUUCAUUAUGUGGAUAUCUGGUAAAUGUUUGUUAUGUUACUUGUGUACUUAGCUUCUUAUAUAAUUUCAUGAUAUUGUUCGAA